AUGGGUGGUACCUAUCUCUUAGAGAACCCCCUGAACAGCUUAGUUGCACUCCACCCUCGCUAUGUUUGGUUGGUCGAGCGUCUUUUGGAGCAUAACAUCCCAGAUCCUUGGCUGGCUUUCAGGGCAAGCGGGAAGCAGGGCUGUGUUCAAACUACAACCCGCUAUGUUGACAAAGCUGGAAAGCGGCGAUUUGUUGGCAAUUCCAAUCUCAAGCGCUCUCAGCAGUACACGUACAAGUUUGCUUCGAAGAUCGUUCAGAUGGUGCCCCUGGUUCGCCAAGAUACUAUGGAGAACAAAAUUCCCAUCAAGGUAUCCCCGGAAUCAUUCAUGGACCUUUUUGGCAAGAUGAACUUUGGUGAGGAAUGCAAACAGUGGGAUUCAGAGGCUGACUUAGUGAGGGUGGUGCAGUAUGUACGGGGGUCCAAGAAGCUGAACAUUCCUAGGGAAUGGCGCGAACUGAUCCCCAAAACAAUUCCUAUUUAA